GCAGCCAUCUUGAAUUUUGUUCAGUUGUCUCUGGGCUGUAUGAGGGGGAGGGUGUGCUCGUGUUCGUGCUCCGUCUGUGUAAAUAAACCAUAGAAUUAUCGAAACGUUUAAUUUGCACUUAUUUGAGAAGUAAUUCUAAUAAGGUUCAGAUAGUUCUUUAUAUCCCAGUACAAGAAAAGUGGAGAAUGAAUAGUGAGGAGUGUUAAGUGAACCAGUUUGGUGGAAGGAGGAAGCGAGGAUAGGGAGGUGUUCCUGGAGGCUCCUGCAGACUCCUGGAGGCUCCUGGAGGCUCCUGCAGGCUCCUGCAGGCGGGGAAGCUGUCUUGACAGCACCUCGGCACAGUCUGGGCGUCUUGUACACACAAAUGAGAUGUGACACCUGGAACACUACAUCAGGUGGUGAUGGGUCGGCGGUGGGGGUGAGAGGGCCGUGUUGGGCGUGGGGCAGGAUGAGCCUUCCCCGGGACGUGCCCUGAGUCCCUACCCUUGCCCACGCCCGCCCUGAACCCGCCGCCGCCAUGGCUGCUGACAGCGGCGUGCCGGGACGGCGCUUCUUGUGCCGCGAGUGGGCGUGGGCCAAACUGUGGGCAUGCCUAGAGCAGCGACCUGCAGCCAAGACUUGCGGUGCCCUGCUAGUAGGUGGCCCUGGGACAGGCAAGACUGCCCUCUGCACUGAGCUUGUGACGCCUUCGGCAUCACACGGCCGCCAUGCAACUGCCCUCCAGGCUCGGUUAGUUGCCCAUCACUUCUGCCACGCCCACGAUGCCGCCUCCCUCAGCGUCGGUUGCUUCAUCCAGUCACUAGUAACACAGCUGGAGGGGUCACCCCUCCUGGCCGGAUACGGCACCAAGGUGGGGGAGCCCGAGGUACAUGCUGCUCUUGAACCAUGUACACUUCACUCCAACCCUGACGAAGCUUUUCGACGAGCGGUGCUCUUUCCCCUGCUGGAGCUUGACCCUCCAGACCGCACUCUCCUACUGGUGGUUGAUAGCAUAGAUGAAACUGACUUGCAGCCGUCAUUAGCGGGUGCCCCACGUGAUGGUACUAAUGCCGAAGUCAGUAACAAUGGUCCCUCGCGGACCAUCGCCGAACUGUUGGCCACACACCACCACCUGCUGCCUCAGUGGCUGCUGCUGCUGGUAACAGCACGCAGGGGAUCCCGCACUAUUAUCAGGCAAUUUGCAGGUUUUAGGAAGGUAGCUCUGGAUGACCUGCGUCGUGGCCACGUUGUGCGUGAUGUGCAACAGUAUAUACUGUGUCGCCUGGACCGUGAGCCCGCCCUCAGACACCAUCUUUCCCGCGAGACAGCAGAAAUGCUGAACCAACUCCACAUAAAGAGUAAUGGUUGUUUCUUGUACCUGGAGCGUGUGUUGGAUGGUGUGGCUGAGGGCUGGGUCACAUUGCGUGAGAUCAGACACAUUCCCGGUACGCUCAAUGGCCUAUACCUGUGGCUGUGUCAGAGACUGUAUCCUCGUAGACAUUUCCAGCGUGUAGUGCCUUUACUGUCUGUCAUCCUAGCUGCUCGUGCACCCCUUACAAAAGAAGAGUUACGUCUGGCUGUGGAAACCCGUGUUCCCACACUCUCUGAUGAGGACUGGGGCAAGCGGUGGUCUCUCUUAACUCGAGUCCUGGCAGUGGAACACGAUCAGCGGGUCCUCCUCUUCCACCACAGCUUUGCUGAGUGGCUGCUUGACGUUAAACAUUGUACACAGAAGUAUUUGGUGAAUGUUGCCGAUGGUCACGCCAUGCUGGCCAUGCGGCUUUCAGUUGAUGCCCCCACACUAACAGUGACGCAGGUGCACCAGCUGGCGCUCCACCUCUCGCGCAUUCAUCUGGAGGCACCUCUGGAACAGUACCAUCUGCCUUUGUGGAUAGUGUCCUGUGGUGUACCUCUUAACAUCUGUCAUGACCUGCCGCCCCCGAGAGACCCCCGCGCCCUCAAGAUACUGCAGGAGGCCGGUGCUACUCUGCCCGAUGACCAACCACAGGAAGAUGAAGAUGAGGAUGAGGACGAAGAUGAUGAUGAUGACGAAGACGACGACGAGGUAGAGGAAGUUGGAGAGGAGGAAGGGCCUCCUACUGAUAUUAGGUAUGAGGAAUUGGAGCAGGAAGAUGAGGCUGAGGAACGUGGGAAUGAAGAGGGUGAGGUGCAGGAAACGUUGCCUCAAGACGAAGAACCCGAAGGUCAGGUGUAUCAAGAUGAAACUGAUAAAAUAACAAGUGAAGUUGAUGAUAUGGUUAUUAAGGAAUUAUCUGCUGAUGGAGAUAAGGAAAAGCACGAUGAAGAAGAAACAUUUAACAUUGAACUGAAAGAGGGAAAUGAAAAAAGUGAUAAUGUAGAAAAUGAAAAGGAUGAGGAGUAUGUAACUAUGGUGCCUCUCCCCGGAGAGUUCAUUAAUGGGAGUACAGGUGGUAGGCGGAGUACUGAAGGGGUCAGCACAGGUGGCCGCCAGAGUACCGAUGGUAGACAGAGUACUGGUGGACGCCAGAGCACAAGUGGACGACAGAGCACUGGCGGUCGUCAGAGUACAGGGGGACGACAGAGCACGGGAGGCCGUCAUAGCAGUACUGGAGGGCGCCAUAGUAGUGAUCAUAGUAGCAGCAGCAGUAGACGUCGGGAGCGACGAAGGCGGCGACACCGGGAAGAUCCGUUGUACCCAUAUCUCCGUGGAGGCCCUGUAGACCAGGUGGACAGUGCUGGUCGCUCUCUGCUGCACAGUGCUUCUCAUCAGGGUGACGCUUCACUUGUUCGCCUGCUGUUGGAGAGAGGAGCCUUCCACGGUCUUCAAGAUAGAGCGGGACAGACACCCUUAAAUCUAGCAGCACGCCAUGGUCAUGCUGAGGUAGUGGCAGUGUUACUGGCAGCUGGCGCUGACCCUGAUCAUGCUGACGCUGACGGCUGGACGGCUCUCAGGUCAGCAGCGUGGGGCGGCCACAGUGGUGUGGUUAAUGCUCUACUGGCAGGCGGCACCCAGGUGGACCUCGCUGACGGCGAUGGUCGCACGGCAUUAAGAGCCGCUGCCUGGGGCGGUCACGAAGAUGUGGUGUCAGCGCUCCUGCGUCAUGGAGCUGCAGUCAAUCGAGCGGACAGUGAGGGCCGCACCCCGCUCAUUGCUGCUGCUUACAUGGGACACUCUGAAAUCGUCGAGGCUCUGUUGGAAGCUGGCGCUGAUGUGAACCAUCAAGAUGUUGACGGAAGAACGGCUCUGAGUGUGGCAGCGCUGUGUGUUCCUGCAAGUGAGGGCCACACCAGUGUCGUCACCACGCUUCUAGAACUUGGUGCCAAGGUCAACCACCAGGAUCACGAUGGGCUAACUCCACUCCUUGUAGCAGCCUUCGAAGGUCAUACGGAAGUGUGUGAGCUGCUGCUGGAAUAUGAGGGGGACGUGGACCACGUGGACCGCUCUGGCCGGACACCUCUGCUGGCUGCAGCCUCCAUGGGCCAUGCUGCAGUGGUGGAGCGUCUGCUCUUCUGGGGCUGCUACGUCGAUCACAUAGAUGCUGAGGGACGCACUGUCCUCAGUGUUGCGGCCGCCCAAGGCUCUCAGGAGACUGUACGCUUAUUACUUGAUAGAGGCUUGGAUGAAACUCAUCGAGAUAAUGCAGGCUGGACACCAUUGCAUUAUGCAGCAUUUGAGGGACAUUGUGGUGUAUGUGAAGCCCUCUUGGAAGCUGGAGCACGAGUUAAUGAGGUGGACAAUGAUGGAAAGCAUGCAUUAGUCUUGGCUGCUCAAGAGGGCCAUACAGCAGUGGUAGCAGCCCUCUUGGAUGCUGGAGCAGAUAUUCACCACACAAGUCAUGAUGGACGAUCUGCCUUGCGUGUAGCAGCACUGGAGGGUCAUAAAGAUGUUGUGCAUCUCCUGCUAUGUAGAGGUGCUGAUCUUCAUUACAAAGAUGCUGAUGGUCGAUCCACGCUCUACCUUCUUGCUCUUGAAAAUCGACUUGAUAUGGCAAAAUUUUUAAUGGAGAAUAAUGCAGAUGUUGAGAGUACUGAUCUUGAGGGUCGCACACCCCUGCAUGUGACAGCAUGGCAGGGUCAUACCAGAAUGGUAGCGCUCUUACUGGACGGUGGUGCUCAUGUUGAUGCUGUUGACCGAGAACGGCGAACACCAUUACAGAGCUCUGCGUGGCAAGGCCAUGCAGAAGUUGUAAGAUUGUUACUGGAACGUGGUGCCACAGUAGACCACACUUGCUCACAAGGUGCUACAGCUUUAAGUAUUGCUGCACAAGAAGGUCACGAAGAAAGUGUUGCAGCUCUUCUUCAGUAUGGUGCAAAUCCAGCACAUUCUGAUCGGUGUGGACGGACUGCCAUUAAAGUAGCUUUGAAAGGUGGCCAUAUCCAUCUUGCUCGUAUGCUAGAGGAGAGUAUGGCUGUACAGCAACAGCAAGGCGGUGUUCCACGGGGAAUGGCAGCAUCCUCUUCAGUAGGCUCAGGUUCAACAGCAGAAACAAAACCUUGCUCAGCCUUAUUGUGCCCAGGUCUUGCAGCUUCUCCAGCUGAAUCACCUGAAUCUACAUUUGAAAAACGUCGGUCAGUAGCUUCUCUUGGACAGCAUUCUUCUUCCAAGUCUUCUGGCAAUCUCACUACCUCUACUCGAUCUUCAGGUGGCCCCAGAGCUCCCACGCCCCGUGAGGUUCAUGCUCAUCAUCACUUACAUCAACAGCAACCUCCACCACCGCCUGCACCAUCUGCACCACCAGUAUCUGCCAUGUCUCCAGUCUUAAGUUUUACACAGCAGCUUCAACAGUGUGGUCGAGGACGUGGUCGUCGUCAUCCCCCGCCACCUCAGCCAGCUCUAACUCCCUUAGAUGAGCCAGCUUCACCAAUUUAUGCGUCUCCACCACUGUCACCACUGAGUGAUGGUCCUGGAGGACGGCACUUGCCAGCUGGAGCUAUUUUAGAAGAUGAUUAUACUGUUCCAAUUCAGCACCCAGCAGGUCGUGCACCAAGACCUUCUGCUCCCCCUGUCAACAUUACACCAGAGAUUGGUCGUCGUGGGGGAGCAGGUCCAGUACCAGGCCUUGGUAAUAUACCAAGCAUGGGUGUGAGUGUUCCAGGAAUGCCAGGAGCUGGAUCGCCAGGGUCCUCUGGCUUUACCUUUACACAGGAUCAACAUAUGCGCAUUAUCCUGGGCACUCGAUCUCCUGAGCCGCGCCCUCGUCGCAACGGUAUAGUGACAAAUCCAAGCCUUAAGGCUGCGCAUGCCAAGGCUGCUCACCUUUUAAGGAAUGGUCUAAGUGGCCGCCCAAGACCACCACCAGCCAGACCAAACGGUCUCCCGCUCAAGAAAGAAACUCCACUAUGACCAAAGAUGAAAACAGAUUGCGGUGAGCCUGCACCAUGGCACCAAGGGUACAACUGAAGAUGCCAGCUGUCACAUCAUAGAAGUAAAACUUGUCAAAACAUCAACUAUAAAACUCAUUGUACUGUAGUAUUCCUCAUGCUGACCUCAAAGCAGCAGAUAUUUAUAUCAAUGGAAAGUUACUUCUGAGAUGAUGCUGAGGUAGAAGAGAUAGAUGACAGUACUGUGAGAGCAGGGGGAACCUAAGAUAAAAAUUGGAAUAAUGAAAAUAUAAUAUCAAGAUUUGAAUUCUGUACACUUAUGAUGGAUGUUGCAGGAAAUUUAAGACAUGCUUGCUAUAUUUUUAGUUUUGAUAUAGCAAUGGCAAAAUGACUUCUGAGUAUCAUAUGCAAGUUUAAUGUGUUCAGUGACAGCAUUGGCAUCUUCAUCUGCCAGCAUAUUAUGAAGUUUAUGAAAUGCUGGCAAGAAAUCUUCAGAGCAAACCUCAAAAGCUUAUCACAUCUUCUAAAUAGGGGUUCAGUCAUCCUAUUUGGCAAUUAUUAAAUUAAAAUUUAAAAAGGUCAGAAACCACCAUAGGUAUUUUCAGUAUACCUAUUAAUAUAUGAAUUGGGUGGAUAAAAUAUGAUUACUUUGUGUAAACAACUUUUCAUUUGGGUGUCAUAUUACCGUCCCUGGUGCCAAGCUGGUGACAGUACUCAGAGCAGUAUUUUGAUGGCUGAACUGAGAUACCCCACACCAAAGUCUGCAAGGCUGUCAUUAUGGCAACUUGGAACACUUAAGUUCACUUUAGAUAAUUCUUUAUUUUGACAGCUGUCAAAUUAUUACAAUAAGGUUUGACAGCUUUUUCGUGUAAUACAGUAUUUAUAUUUAAAAGCUCCAGUUUCAAAAAGUUACUUAGAUAAUUUUUUUGUUAUAAAAUUAUCUUAAAUUUUAUUAUGGUAAUAUUUCCAAAAAUUCACAGCUGUUUUUCUAUUAAGGUCCCAAACUGCCAUAAGAGCAUGUCUGUGUAUGUUUUAUUGCUGUUGUAUCCUAUGUGUAUAUAGCAAUGGCCUGUACUAGUCGUGUAGUUUGCUGUUGUACUACUCGUGUGCACAUGUAAAAAGUGUCGUCACCUUGCACAUGUACAGAUUAGCAGUGUAAACCUAAGUAAACAUUUACAGUGUAUGAUGUAAUAAUGUACAGUUCUACAACCAUACCAUUUAUUGCUGGUCAUUGAACAAUUAUUUGGUUGGUAUCCAAUAUCUGUUAAAGAUACUUCUGUUGCAUGCACUUGUCAACACUAAUUUCAUUCCUCAUAAUGCUUAUGCAUUAUGAGUCUCUCUCUAGCUCAGCAACAAGGCAAUAGGGUAUUUGAAACUAUUUUACUACAUGCUUAACAGGUUUAGCCAUAGUAAUCCUUCAUGCUUUUGCCAAUAUUAUCUACAGUAUUUCUCAAAAGUGUGUUGCUAUCUUAUUUUGAAGUACUGUACAGUAUAUAUUUUUUGUCAGAAAUAAAUAUGUAGAUUUAUAGAAGUGAAUAUCAUUAAAAUGAAAAGCUUAAUUUUCUGUGCAUUUUAUUGGGUUUGCAGAUUUAGAAUUUUACAUUCAAUCCAAACAAUUAGCACUUCAAAACUAUAUUACAAUGUAACUUAUUCUUAAACUGCUUGAUUUUUUUUGGUUUGGAUUAAAUCCAAUAAAAUAUGAACACAAAACUCUCGAACUGUAUUUGUUAACAUAUUAGAGCCGUAGCUCACAAUAAUGUCGAGAGGAAACACUCACAAGACCAAGUUUUCUCAAUGGCAAGUUUUUUUUUUUUUUAACAUGCUAUAAUAAAAAAUUUUGGUUCUUAUAGAAUCACCAAAUGGAUAUAAUGCAGCUAAUAUUAAAAUAUUAUGCGAGUAUUAAUAUACAGUAUACAAUUAUUGUACUGUAAGCUUUAAAUGACAGCAGUUAAAUUGAUUGGAUCCCUAAUGAAUUAUAUAUAUGGUAUUAAACAUGAACACUACCAUAUCACGAAGCUCUUGGCAAGUGAACACUAACUGUAUAGAGCUAUGUAUAUAUAUCAUAAAUUUGUAUUGUAUCAGGUAUUUUGAUAGUUUCUCAAGAAUUGUCUUAGUACAUUAUAUGUAAAAUGGUGAACUACAUUUCCUAAAUAUUGUACUGUAUGUUGUUGAAGGAAGCAUGCAAAAAAAGACCAGCAUUACUGAGAUAUAUAAAAAUAUAUCACUGUGACAAUUUGUUCCUUUUAGGUUUUGAGAUUUUUAAUAUAUGGGCCUAUAACUUUUUUCAUAACAUGAAUAGGUGCCAAACGUAACGAGUAGAUAUCUUCCCUAGAUAGCCAUUCGAUGCUUUAGACACGUAUCCAUAUUACUGCACAAAAAUAGUUCAUAGAUCCAUGUAUAGUUUAAUUUUUUAUUAUUGACUGUCUAUGUAUUGAAUGUUUGUCAGAGUUGUAAGUUUUUUUUUAAAUAAUGCAGUCUAUAAUAUUUCUUGUAAGCUGUGAAUGCAAUUUUUCCCUUUCAGAAUUCAUGAGGAAUGGAUCAUUCUUGAAUUCUUUUAAAGUAUCAGAGUUCCUUGAGUUUUGUUAUCACAGCUGUAACAUCCCUGGGGGAGUCUGUGUCUGUGUUUCUGAAAACACAAAGUCUGUGUUUUCUUAUGACCGUGAGGCAACAAACAUUGCCACAACCUUUGAGUCUAUCCUCAUUAAUAUAAGAUUUGGCAUAAAUUCUGCAUUUGGUUCAGUUCCUCUACCAAUUAUAGAUACCUUUACUAAGAAAAAAGGUUGAUGCAUUAUCUGUCAUUUUGGUGUACGUGGUUCAGAAAAACUAGUUGAUCACAUCUUGUUAUUGUAAUAUUGAAAAUCAUUCAUUUUUGGGUACUGAAGGGUUAAUUAAUGUACAAUGAACCUAAUAGUAAACCAAGAUUUUGUAAGUGAUCAUUAUUGAAUAGUGAAAAAUCUACAUAAACACUGAAACCAUCUGCAUUUUAUUUUCUGAAAUACUAAUAAAAUUAUUAUAUUUUG